AUGCUGAACAUAAGUCAUCUCUCAGUAAUAAAGUCCCUUAGAGAAGACCAUAAUUGCUCAAGGGCAUUCAAACUUUGGUCAGUUGUUACCUACAAGUGGAUAGGGAAACAGUUUGUAACUGAUAUUUUGGAGUUCCCUAAAAUGAGUUUGAGGAAGAUGAAAGCUAUUGUAUCCAGGUUAUUCAAUAUAAAUGUUAGUGUUGGACAAUGUAGGAAUGCAAGAAGAUUUUCAUUGUGUGAAAUUGAGGGUGAUUUAAAGGAUCAUUAUUUUAAGUUGUGGGAAUAUAGUGUUGAAAUUAAAAGGGCCAACCCAGGAUCUCAUGUUGAAGUGUAUGUGCAGCCCCAAAGUAAUUCUAUUGUGGUGUUUGAAAGGUUUUAUGUGAGUUUUAAAGGAGUGGUUGAUGGCUGGUUAAAUGGGUGUAGGAAGGUUAUUGGGAUAGAUGGAUGUUUUCUGAAGGGCAUAUGUAAAGGGGAGCUCCUCUCAGCAGUAGGCAGGGAUGGCAACAAUAACAUAUACCCAAUAGCAUGGGCAAUAGUAAAUGUUGAGAACAAGAGUACAUGUAAGUGGUUCUUGGACAAUCUAAUUGAUGACAUAAAUGAAGGGGGAAAUGAUAAUGAAAUCACAUUGAUGUCAGAUGGACACAAGGGUGAUUGCUACAUAAAACCUUUUUGGAGGGAUGAAAAGGCAACUACAAUUCAAAAUUUAGAACUUGCAAUGAAAGAGAUCAAGAGCUUUGAUGUAGGGGCAUAUGAUUAUCUCAUUAAAAGGGACCCUAACUGUUGGUCAAGGGAUUUUUUAAAGGUGGGAAUAGGAUGUGAUGCAAUGGAAAAUGGUGUUUCUAAGAGCUUCAAUGCUGAUAUUAAAGAAGCUAGAAAGAAGCCAUUGAUCACUAUGUUGGAGGACAUAAGGGUAUUUGUAAUGGAGAGAUUAUACAUGCAGAAAGGGAAAGGAUUGGGCUGGAAUUUGGUAAUCUGCCCAACUAUCAGAAAGAAGCUUGGUGAACUAAAGAAGUUGAUAAGUGGAUACAUACAGUUUGAAGUUGUGCAAGGUGAUGAAAGGUAUGGUGUUGACUUGGAGAAGAGAAAAUGUGGAUGCAGAGGUUGGAAAUUGACAGAAAUUCCUUGUGUACAUGCCAUUUGUGCCAUAUCUUCUUUGAAUCUUGAUUUAGAGGAAUAUGUUGCAGAGUGGUUUACUAAAUCUGCAUUUCUUAGGGCCUAUGAGUACACUAUACAUCCCAUGAAUGAUAGUACCUUGUGGCCCUACAUGCCUAAUGUUCACCAGAUACUACCUCAUAUUAGGAGGAGGUUACCUGGUAUAAUUUGUAAUGAAACUGGACACAACAAAGCUACAUGUCCAAUGAGGGGUCCUUCUGAAGCGGGUCCAAGUAAAGAAAGAAGGAAGAGUAAUGCAAAAAAUUGUCCUUCACAAGCAGGUCCAAGCACUCCAGCUCCAAGUGCUCCAACACAUGUGAAUCAAGAUCCUUUGGCUCAAGAGCAUGUCAAUCAAGAUCCUGCCAUUCAAGAGAAUGUCCCUGUGAAUCAAGAGCCUGUCAUUCAAGAGAAUGCCCAUGUGAAUCAAGAGCAUGUGAAUCAAGAUCCUAUUAAUGAAGUACCUAUUAACCAAGAUCAUGUAAAUCCAGUACCUGUUAACAGAGUGCCUGUGAAUCUUAGUGUUAGAGUGCCUAAGAGUUUUGGUGUUAGAGCAAGGAAGCCUUUAGAGAGAAUCAACAAGAUACAAACCAGAAAGCAGGUUUUUCGAAAGGAUGGUAAAGGACUGACUGAGGACAACCCAAUUACUUUAGAGUGA